AUGUUGUCUCUCAGAUUGUUAGCCGUUGGCUGCUGUGCGCUUCAAGUUGUCAACGCUGUGCCUAGACUGUCCCGCGAGAGUCGCCAUGAAGUCGAUAUCGCGAAAAGGUCUGCGAGCUCAUUCCUUGCAACUGAGGUCCCUAUUGCGCUGGCCGAUAUGUUGUGCAAUAUUGGGUCAUCGGGUAGCUGUGCUGCAGGUGCCGACUCAGGCAUAGUAAUAGCGAGUCCAUCUAAAACGAAUCCGGACUACUUUUACACCUGGACUCGAGAUUCGGCGUUGACCUUCAAAUGUAUCGUCGACACCUUUGUCAACUCUUACUCAUCCUCGCUGCAGACUGAGAUCCAGAACUACAUCAAUGCGCAGGCGAUUGUGCAAGGCAUAUCCAAUCCUUCUGGGAGCCUGUCUAACAGCGGCACGGGUCUUGGUGAGCCAAAGUUCAACGUUGACGAAACAGCUUUCACAGGAGCUUGGGGCCGUCCACAGAGGGACGGACCUGCACUUCGAGCCAUCGCUUUGAUAACUUACUCAAAGUGGCUGAUUAACAAUGGAUAUGAGUCCACUGCCAGUUCGAUUGUGUGGCCCAUCAUUGUGAAUGACAUCAGUUAUGUGUCGCAAUAUUGGAAUCAGACUGGUUUUGACCUGUGGGAGGAAGUGAACGGCUCCAGUUUCUUUACCGUUGCCAACCAACACCGUGCUCUUGUCGAAGCCAGUGCGUUAGCUACUACUCUUGGCAAGUCCAUUCCGUAUGCCCAAAGUCAAGCCCCCCAGGCUCUUUGCUUUCUUCAAAGCUUCUGGAGUCCGUCUCAAGGCUACAUUCUAGCCAAUAUCAACCAGAACAACGGCAGGUCUGGCAAGGAUGCCAACACGAUUCUGGGUUCUAUUCACACAUUUGAUCCUCAAGGAAACUGUGAUGCAAGCACAUUCCAGCCGUGCUCUGAUCGAGCUUUGGCAAAUCACAAAGUCGUUGUGGAUUCCUUCCGCUCCAUAUAUACCAUCAACUCUGGUAUUCCCGAGGGCACUGCUGCUGCCGUUGGCCGUUAUCCGGAAGACUCUUACCAAGGUGGCAACCCCUGGUAUCUAAAUACACUUGCAGCUGCCGAGCUUCUCUACGAUGCCCUUUAUCAGUGGAAUCGGAUUGGAUCCAUCACCGUUACCUCAACGUCCCUUGCCUUUUUCAAGGACAUGGAUUCCUCCAUCACCGUAGGAACAUAUAGCUCCUCUUCUUCAACUUACACUACUUUGUAUAACGCCAUCUCGACCUACGCUGACGGGUUUGUUAACAUUGUUGCUACUUACGCAUCAUCCAACGGAUCACUAGCAGAGCAGUUUAGUCGAAGCAAUGGACAGCCUCUCUCAGCAUACAGCCUAACCUGGUCCUAUGCGGCGCUGCUGACGGCUGCCGCCCGACGAUCUAGUGUCGUGCCAUAUUCCUGGGGAGAAUCUUCGGCAUCCAGCGUUCCGUCGGUGUGUUCUUAUACGUCAGCCGUGGGUACCUAUUCCUCAGCCUCUACAGGAUCCUGGCCGCCCAACCAGACGCCUGGCGGCGGGACAGGUUCAACCUCUAGCCAGUCUACGUCAAUCACCGCGUCUAGCACAGUCAGCAGCACAAGCACCUCUAAAUCUACAAGCUCUACAGCAGCCGCAACUAAUCCUGUUACCGUGACUUUUGAUGAGAUUGUCACAACCAUUUACGGACAAACCAUCAAGAUCGCUGGAAACGUCCCAGCUCUCGGGAACUGGGAUACCAAGAACGCUGUUGCUUUGUCGGCUGAGGACUAUACAUCUUCGAACCAUUUAUGGAAUGUGCAGGUGUCGUUUGCUCCGGGGACGGUGAUCCAGUAUAAAUAUAUUAAUGUGGCAUCCAAUGGCGAUGUGACAUGGGAAGCUGACCCCAACCACACAUAUACUGUGCCCGCAACGGGUGCGACGGCGGUGACUGUGAACAACUCCUGGCAGUCGUAG